CAGCUGAGCGACACGAGUCAGAGAGACAAAGAGAGGCCGUGUGCCUUUUUCCCAGCAGCUGGCUUCUCUGACAGUUCAUCACUUUUGCAGCCUGUAGAUGUAGAUGCCUCUGAGUGUGUGUGUGUGUGAGAGAGAGAGUGUGUGACAUGCCUGAGGAGGAAUAUUUGUAACUUAAACCUCAACAUGGAUUUCCAGCACAGGGCAGCUCUGGAUAUCUCCACCAGAAACCCUCAGGAGGAUUUCGAGAUCCUGCUGAGAGUCGGAGGAGGAACCUACGGAGAAGUUUACAAGGCACGUAACAAGCAGAAUGGAGAGCUGGCAGCCAUCAAGGUCAUCAAGAUGGAACCAGAGGAUGACUUUUCUAUCAUCCAGCAGGAAAUUGUCAUAGUAAAGAGCUGCAAACACGCGAACAUAGUGGCGUAUUAUGGCAGCUACAUACGAGCUAAUAAACUGUGGAUCUGCAUGGAGUUCUGCGGAGGAGGCUCACUCCAGGACAUCUACCACGUGACUGGUCCUCUGUCUGAGCCACAGAUUGCCUACAUCUGCAGGGAGAUGCUGCAGGGCCUGGACUACCUGCAUGCACAGAAGAAAAUCCACAGAGACAUCAAGGGUGCCAACAUCCUCCUCAACGAUCAGGGCGAGGUCAAGUUGGCUGAUUUUGGGAUCUCAGCUCAGAUCACAGCCACUCUGGCUCGGCGGAUGUCCUUCAUCGGGACGCCGUAUUGGAUGGCACCAGAGGUGGCAGCAGUGGAGAUUAAAGGCGGCUACAAUGAACUAUGUGACAUCUGGUCUGUGGGCAUCACAGCCAUAGAACUGGCAGAGCUACAGCCGCCGCUGUUCGACGUCCACCCGCUGCGCGUCCUGUUUCUCAUGUCCAAGAGCGGCUACCAGCCUCCUAAACUGAAGGACAAGUCGAAAUGGUCCUCCAUGUUUUAUAACUUUGUAAAGGCCAUGUUGGUGAGGAACCCAAAGAAGAGACCCAGCGCCUCCAAGCUGCUCUCACACAUGUUUCUGACCCAGCAGUGCCUGAACCAGGAGCUGACCCUGGACCUGCUGGAGAAGUAUCGAAACCCUGAGAGACUGAAGACCUGCCUGGUGACAGAGGACGAAGAGAUGGAGGUGGUGGUGCCUGGAUCUUUAAAAAGGAUCCAGUCUAUCAACAAACACAACCGGGCAGAGAGGAAAAACUCUGACAUAAGAUUGGAGCAGAUCUACACUCGGAGGCCUGAGAAGAAUGAAUCACCAAACACAACGUUAAGAGCUUCACUGGGAUCAACCAGCAGCACCAGGAGUCCAGUGAGGGAUCAGGACACGGACUCAGACGAUGACUAUGAUGAUGUGGACAUCCCUACAAUACAAGCCACCAGAAGUCUCAUCAUGCAAGAAGAUGGAAUCCCGCCUCCGCUUCCUCCAAAGCCCAAAGCGCGGACCAGCUCAGAGGAAAGCAUGGCGGGCGAAGACGACCGGGUGAGGAAACCCUGUUCUUUGUACGCCCCCUCCCCUCUCAUCAGGACCUCCAGUGGGACGCACGUCCGACCUACACCCCAACCACGAUCCUCACGACACUCAGAUCCUGCAUCCUUCCCAGUCCAGUUGAUUGACAACCCGGCAGACCUCCUCCCUCCUGAGCUCCCUCCUAAAGGCAUACGCAGACGGCAGCCCCCAUCGAAGGACCCUGCUGAGUGCGUCAGCCCCGUCAUGAAGAAACCUCCUGUCUACUUCAAAAAGAUCUUCCAUGGCUGCCCUCUUAAAAUAAACUGCUCCACAACCUGGGAGAAUCCAGCCACCAAAGACCAGCAUCUGAUCCUGGGGGCAGAGGAAGGAAUCUACACCCUGAACCUCAACGGCUCAGAGGCCACGAUGGAGCUGUUGUAUCCUGGGAAGUGCACCUGGGUCUACACCAUUAAUAACGUCCUCAUGUCUGUAUCAGGUAAAUCAUCGCAGCUUCACUCCCAUUUGCUGAAAGAGUUGUACGAACAGUCUCGGAAAGACCAGAGGAUGGUUGCCUUGCCGACUCACAGACUGUUACCAAGGAAAUGUGCAGUGACGAGUAAAAUACCUGAUACCAAAGGCUGCAAGACCUGCUCAGUUGCAGGUAACCUGCAGCGAGGAUGUGUGUUCCUGUGCUGUGGUCUGGAGUCCAGUGUGGUGCUGCUGCAGUGGUACGAGCCCAUGCACAAGUUCAUGCUCAUAAAGCAUUUUGACUUCCCCCUGCCCAACCCGGUGCGGGUGUUUGAGAUGGUGGUGGUGCCCCAGCAGGAGUACCCGCUGGUGUGUAUCGGUGUCUCUCGGGGGUCCAGCCACAACCUGCCAGUCAAUGUAGAAUACAUCAACCUCAACUCCAACACAUCCUGGUUCACCAAAUCCGGCCUGGAGAAACCUUGUCCAGAUGUAGUUCAAGUAAACCAGCUGGACAGUAGCUCACUGCUCGUCCUCAUAGAAAAGUCAGUACAUAUAGUUGGUCUGGAGGGGGAGCUGAGGAGCAGCAGGCCUCCACAAUAUGACACCACCUUCUCUCAUGAUGUUGAGUCUAUAGUGUAUUUUGAGGACACACUGCUGGCAGUGUGGCGUCACGGCUGGCAGAGAAAAAGACAAGGAUGCAACGAAGUGCUGGAGGAAACCACUGACCCCAGGAAGAUCUACAGACUGGUGCAGUCAGACAGGAUGGUCGUCCUGGAGACGCGUCAGACUGAUGACCAAUCGGGGCUGUCCAACCUUUAUGUCCUGGAAAUUGCUGAGAACUACGUCAUGCUACCCUGACUCUCCAGUCUGCUGGCAUAGAGCAUCAUGGGAAACUCCCAGCUCCACUUCCGUAUGAAUGCCUCUACCCAGAGCUUUCAUCUGUCAUCAGUAACUUUGACUGGCAUGGACGCUUCACUGCCACAGUAUUUUACUUUCUAAUGGGAGGAGAGAUGUGUCACAGAGAAAUGAUGGAAGGAUGCUGCAAAUUCAUACUGCCCAAAGAGGAUCGUCGUCUUGUAUCCCUCAGUCUGGGGGAGUCUGCUCUUAUUUAUGCUAAUUUCAACCAUUUGAGGGCCAGAACAAGCUCAAGAAUCCACACAUCUGAGAAAACCCUCACUGAGGAGUGGAGGAAGGUCUCCUCUGGCACUAAUGGGGGGAGUAUCUACUUUCUUCUGCCACAGCAUUGUUGAUUGCAGCAGCAGCCGCCCGCAGGGACUGAAACAUAUGGCUUCCCAAAGACGCCACAUGCAAGCAUAAAGGACUGGAGCAGAGCAGCGCCGCUGCUGCUCAUGAUGUGUGUUUUGUAACCUGAAUUUGCGUUGGAUCAAAAAUACACACUUCUGCUGCCGUUACACUGUAAUAAAGUUAAUUACCACAAGAUGAGGUGAACUGUGCUGACUGAGGAAAAUCAGGAAGAAGUGAAAGUAAUCCCUGUUUGUGUGCUUACUCACAUCUGAGGAGCUGUGGUGCUACAUGUGUGCAUGUGCUGCUAUGAGAAGAUGAUGCUGAAUUAUUACAGCCCUACAGCAGCGACUCCUCUCAAUUUGUUGCUCACUGUGUUAUGAGAAAGUGCAGAAGGAGAUUAGUGCCGGCACAGAUUGUAUUUACAGAAAUCUGUCAUGCUCAUAUUGAACUACUGAAUGUAAA